AUGAGUACGGACGCGGAGAUGCAGAUUUACGGCAAGGCGGCCAUCUACCUCCGUAAACCAGAGAAGGAGAGGAUUGAGGCUCAAAGUGCUCCCUUUGAUGCCAAGAGUGCCUGCUACGUGGCUGAUGUCAAGGAGUUGUACCUCAAGGCUACAAUCAUCAAGAAGGACGGUGGCAAAGUCACAGUCAAGGUCUUGGGCACUGAGGAGGAGAGAACAGUUAAAGAAGAGGACGUCUCUCCCAUGAACCCUCCCAAGUACGACAAAAUUGAGGACAUGGCCAUGAUGACCCACCUCAAUGAAGCCUCUGUGCUUUAUAACCUCAAAGAGCGUUAUGCAGCAUGGAUGAUCUACACCUACUCUGGGCUGUUCUGUGCGACUGUCAACCCCUACAAGUGGCUGCCAGUGUACGACAUGGAAGUCGUCAAUGCCUACAGAGGCAAGAAGCGUAUGGAGGCUCCACCCCACAUCUUCUCCGUCUCUGACAACGCUUUUCAGUUCAUGCUUUGUGAUCUGCUGGAGAAGUCUAGAGUAACAUACCAGCUUGAACAGGAGAGAGGCUACCACAUCUUCUUCCAGAUGAUGACCAACCACAAGCCUGAGAUCGUUGAAAUGUGUCUCAUUACAUCCAACCCAUACGACUUCCCCAUGUGCAGCAUGGGUCAAAUUACUGUUGCUAGCAUUGAUGACAAAGAGGAGCUGGAUGCAACUGACAAUGCCAUUGACAUCCUGGGCUUCAACGGUGAGGAAAAGAUGAGCAUCUACAAAACGACAGGUGCUAUCCUCCACCACGGAAACAUGAAGUUCAAGCAAAAGCAGCGUGAGGAGCAGGCUGAACCAGACGGCACAGAGGAUGCUGACAAAGUUGCUUACCUGCUGGGUCUGAACUCUGCUGACAUGCUUAAGGCGUUGUGCUACCCCAGAGUCAAGGUCGGAAAUGAGUUUGUCACCAAGGGACAGACAGUGCCACAGGUGAUGAAUUCUGUACCUGCCCUGGCCAAGUCCAUCUAUGAAAGGAUGUUCUUGUGGAUGGUCAUCCGCAUCAACCAGAUGUUGGACACCAAGCAACAGAGAAACUUCUUCAUUGGAGUCUUGGACAUUGCCGGCUUUGAAAUCUUUGAUUUCAACACCUUGGAGCAGCUGUGCAUUAACUUCACCAAUGAGAAACUGCAACAGUUCUUUAACCACACCAUGUUCGUCCUGGAGCAAGAGGAGUACAAGAAGGAGGGUAUUAUCUGGGAGUUCAUUGAUUUCGGCAUGGACUUGGCUGCCUGCAUUGAGCUGAUUGAAAAGCCCAUGGGCAUCUUUGCCAUCCUUGAAGAGGAAUGCAUGUUCCCCAAAGCCUCAGAUACAACCUUCAAGAACAAGCUGUAUGAUCAACAUCUUGGCAAGAACAAGGCGUUUGAGAAGCCUAAACCAGCCAAGGGCAAGGCUGAGGCCCACUUCUCCCUGGUGCACUAUGCUGGAACUGUGGACUACAACAUCUGUGGCUGGCUGGACAAGAACAAGGACCCCCUGAACGAGUCUGUUAUCCAGCUGUACCAGAAAUCUUCAGUCAAACUUAUGCCUAUUCUGUAUCCGCCAGUAGUUGAAGAGCCCAAAAGUGCCAAGGGAGGCAAGAAGAAGGGUGGCUCCAUGCAGACUGUGUCCUCACAGUUCAGGUUCAUUGACAACAAGAAGGCUUCUGAGAAGCUGCUGGGAUCCAUUGAUGUCAACCAUGAUGAAUAUAAAUUUGGACACACUAAGUACAAUGUCCGCUCAUUCAUGAAUGUCAAGCACUGGCCAUGGAUGAAGGUUUACUAUAAGAUCAAGCCCCUCCUGAAGAGUGCUGAGACUGAGAAGGAACUUGCCAAUAUGAAGGAGAAUUAUGAGAAGAUGACCACUGACUUGGCUGCGGCUUUGGCCAAAAAGAAGGAGCUGGAGGAGAAGAUGGUUUCCCUUCUGCAGGAAAAGAAUGAUCUGCAGCUUCAAGUGUCCUCUGAAGGAGAGAAUCUAGCAGAUGCUGAGGAGAGGUGCGAGGGUCUUAUCAAAAGUAAGAUUCAGCUGGAGGCCAAACUGAAGGAAACAACUGAGAGACUGGAGGAUGAAGAAGAGAUCAAUGCUGAGCUCACUGCCAAGAAAAGGAAGUUGGAAGAUGAAUGUUCAGAGCUCAAGAAAGAUAUUGAUGAUCUGGAACUUACCUUGGCCAAAGUAGAGAAAGAGAAACAUGCCACUGAGAACAAGGUGAAGAACCUGACAGAGGAGAUGGCUUCUCAGGAUGAGAGCAUUGCUAAGCUUACUAAAGAAAAGAAGGCGCUCCAAGAAGCUCACCAGCAAACACUGGAUGACCUGCAGGCAGAAGAAGACAAAGUCAACACACUUACCAAGGCCAAGACAAAGCUUGAGCAGCAAGUUGAUGAUCUUGAAGGUUCCUUGGAGCAGGAGAAGAAACUGCGUAUGGACCUGGAGAGAGCAAAGAGGAAGCUGGAGGGUGACCUGAAACUUGCUCAGGAAUCCAUCAUGGAUCUUGAGAAUGACAAGCAGCAGUCUGAAGAGAAAAUUAAAAAGAAAGACUUUGAGACCAGUCAGCUUCUCAGCAAGAUUGAGGAUGAGCAGUCUCUGGGAGCACAGCUUCAGAAGAAGAUUAAGGAGCUUCAGGCCCGUAUUGAGGAGCUUGAGGAAGAGAUUGAGGCUGAGCGGGCUGCACGUGCCAAGGUUGAGAAGCAGAGAGCUGAUCUGUCCAGGGAACUUGAAGAGAUCAGUGAAAGGCUGGAAGAGGCCGGCGGUGCCACUGCUGCUCAGAUUGAGAUGAACAAGAAGCGCGAGGCUGAGUUCCAGAAGCUCCGUCGUGACCUUGAGGAGUCCACUCUGCAGCAUGAAGCCACUGCUGCUGCUCUGCGCAAGAAGCAGGCUGACAGUGUUGCUGAGCUGGGAGAGCAGAUUGAUAACCUCCAGCGAGUCAAGCAGAAGCUUGAGAAGGAAAAGAGUGAAUACAAGAUGGAGAUUGAUGACCUCUCCAGCAACAUGGAGGCUGUGGCUAAAGCUAAAGCCAAGAAUGCCCUUGCUCAUGGACUCCAGUCUGCUCGUCACGAUUGCGAUCUGCUCAGGGAACAGUUUGAAGAGGAGCAGGAGGCCAAGGCUGAACUUCAGCGUGGAAUGUCUAAGGCCAACAGCGAGGUAGCUCAGUGGAGAUCUAAGUAUGAAACCGAUGCUAUCCAGCGCACUGAGGAGCUUGAGGAAGCCAAAAAAAAGCUGGCCCAACGGCUCCAAGAGGCUGAGGAGCAGAUUGAGGCUGUCAACUCCAAGUGUGCUUCUCUGGAGAAGACCAAACAGAGGUUGCAGAGUGAGGUUGAGGAUCUCAUGAUUGACGUGGAGAGAGCCAAUGGUCUCGCUGCCAACCUUGACAAGAAGCAGAGGAACUUUGACAAGGUCCUGGCUGAAUGGAAGCAGAAGUUUGAGGAGGGUCAGGCAGAGCUUGAGGGAGCUCAAAAGGAGGCCCGCUCAAUGGGAACUGAGCUUUUCAAGAUGAAGAACUCCUAUGAAGAAGCUCUUGACCAGCUGGAGACCAUGAAACGUGAAAACAAGAACUUGCAGCAGGAAAUCUCUGACUUAACUGAGCAAAUUGGUGAGACUGGCAAGAGCAUCCAUGAAUUGGAGAAGUCCAAGAAGCAGGUUGAGACAGAAAAGUCUGAAAUCCAGACUGCUCUUGAGGAGGCUGAGGGAACUCUUGAACAUGAAGAGUCUAAGAUCCUCCGUGUCCAGCUGGAGCUUAAUCAAGUGAAGGGUGAGGUUGACAGGAAGCUGGCAGAAAAAGAUGAGGAAAUGGAACAGAUCAAGAGGAACAGCCAGAGGGUCAUUGACUCCAUGCAAGGCACUCUGGACUCUGAGGUCAGAAGCAGAAAUGAUGCUCUCAGAAUCAAGAAGAAGAUGGAGGGAGACCUGAAUGAGAUGGAGAUUCAGCUUAGCCAUGCCAAUCGUCAGGCAUCGGAGUCCCAGAAACAGCUGAGAAAUGUGCAGACACAGCUCAAGGAUGCCCAACUGCACCUUGAUGAUGCAGUGAGAGCACAGGAGGACAUCAAAGAACAAGCUGCUAUGGUGGAGCGCAGAAAUGGCCUGAUGAUGGCUGAAAUUGAAGAACUUAGGGCAGCUCUGGAACAGACAGAAAGAGGACGCAAAGUCGCUGAACAGGAGCUGGUUGAUGCCAGCGAACGUGUUGGACUUCUGCAUUCUCAGAACACAAGUCUGCUGAACACCAAGAAGAAGCUUGAAACUGAUCUGGUUCAGGUCCAGAGUGAAGUUGAUGACACUGUUCAGGAAGCAAGAAACGCUGAGGAGAAGGCCAAGAAGGCCAUCACUGAUGCUGCCAUGAUGGCCGAGGAGCUGAAGAAGGAGCAGGACACCAGUGCUCAUCUUGAGAGGAUGAAGAAGAAUCUUGAAGUUGCUGUCAAGGACCUGCAGCACCGUCUGGAUGAGGCUGAGAAUCUGGCCAUGAAGGGCGGCAAGAAGCAGCUCCAGAAACUGGAGUCUAGAGUGCGUGAGCUGGAGACAGAGGUGGAAAAUGAACAGAGACGUGGAGCAGAUGCUGUUAAGGGUGUCCGCAAAUAUGAGAGGAGAGUCAAGGAGCUCACCUACCAGACUGAAGAGGACAAGAAGAAUGUCACCAGGCUCCAGGAUCUGGUUGAUAAGCUGCAGCUCAAGGUGAAGGCCUACAAGAGGCAGGCUGAGGAAGCGGAGGAGCAGGCCAACCAGCAUCUGUCCAAGAACAGAAAGAUUCAGCAUGAGCUGGAGGAGGCUGAGGAGCGUGCAGACAUCGCUGAGUCCCAGGUUAACAAGCUGAGAGUCAAGAGCCGUGACUCUGGCAAGGGCAAAGAUGCAGCUGAAUAA